AUCAAAUAAACAACCUUUGAUAUGGCUAUAACAGCUGAUCACAUCCGGGAUAAACUUGUUAAGGAGCUGCCGGCAGUGCACGUGGAUGUGGAGGAUACAUCACCCAACAGAUGUGCUGCCAGCUUCAAAGUCCUGGUGGUGUCGUCCCAGUUUGAGGGCAAACCGCUGUUACAGAGACACAGGAUGGUGAAUACGUGCCUGGCCGAGGAGCUGAAAGAGAUCCACGCUUUUGAACAGAAGACCCUAACACCAGAACAGUGGGAGAAACAAAAAUCACAAUGACACACACACCCACACACAAACACAUACACAUACAUUUCCACUAUAAAACAGACCAUACACUUCUGUGAUAUGUAGAAAGAGUACAAGUGCUCUCCUUCAUUUUCUGUAAAUCAUCGUAUUGAUAUAAAUGCAGUGGAUCGCUCUCAAGGCAAUAAAACACUUGGAUGCUGUA